AUGUCUGUAGAGGUGGAUAUACGCAAUAAAUGCAGAAAUAGAUGUACGUGUCCAUGGAAGAACUCAGGCCUUAUAACUACUAAAACGGGUUCACUAAAAGAUGCUACAGAUUAUGGAUAUUGUACUCAUGAGAAAGUUGCUGGGCAAGGUAUCAAUGGACUCACGUACAAUAGAACACAUCUUCAAAUAGAAGAUGAGAAAACUGGAUCACCAAAAAUUUUUAAGGAGGAACACUCUAGACUAGAUUUUGUUACCGUCUAUUAUCACAUCUAUGACAGAAAUGCACAUGUUAUAAAAGCUCCUCUUUUCCUCAGGGUUAAGGAUCAUGCUGGAGCAGAAUAUAAAUGGUAUGAGAACGUUAGUACUAAUGAAGAUAACAAGACAUGGAGGAAGAUUAAUAAGACCAGUGGUUUCCCUACGGAUGAUCCAGGAAAAGGUGGGAGUGAAUUUAGGGAAAACCUUGAUAGAGUUACCUGCUCUCUACACAACAUUCACAGAGUUGAGAUUUCCAGGAAUGGGCAAUCUGAUCCGUACGGAUGCCCUAUUUGUAAAAAGGCUAAAGUUAUUGUUAAACCAGGAGUCUCUGUUAACGGAAUUUACACUAGGUUUGAACAUAUUCCAAUGGAUGAUGGAAAAUACUAUCUUUCACACGGGAACAAUCUGGUGAAAUAUAAAGAAUCAAGUAAACACAAUUCCAAAUUCCUCUCAGUUAAAAAGGGUGAUACUCUCUCAGUAUACUACUGGGAAGGUGAUGAAAAGCGUACGAAUCCACUUAUAAUAGAACUUAAACGCGCAGAUGGAGGUGGUUCUAACUGGUAUGCGAGUGAUCUACAGUAUAAGGAUAAAAAUUAUAAGUGGAUAAAGCUGAAACAAGAUGAGACUGCUAAUUUCUCCCGGUAUGGAGAAGAGCUUAAGGCAAAAUUGGACUACCUUAGUUGUACAGUUAAUAGUGCUGUUAGGAUUAAGUUAGGACGAGACUCUGGUUGUCAUGAUUCUAGGGAUAGUAACCAUAAAAGUACAAUUAGCACUCGUCAUAAUGGCAUAUUUAACAGAUCUCCUUUCAUUUCUGCAUAUGAAUAUACACCGAGUAAAGAGUCUGGUGGGAAGUCAUUUUCCGUGGCAGAGGUCCUACUUCAGGGUGAAAGACAAAAGAGUGAAUCUGGUAAUCUAUUCUUAAAGGAUGUUACCAAGCUUUCUUCAUAUGCUUCGUUUUGUGAUCCAACUAACCCAUUUAUCAUACGUGUGGAAUACAGUGAUUGUAAUGAAUGGUACCAGAGGAAUUCUGAUGAUAAAAACACAUGGGAGAAGAAGCAUGACCUGUCAGACCAAAUUGAACAGAUUUUUGCCAAUGUUAAGAAAAAACUUAAUAUAACGCCAUGUCCUCCUGCUAAAAUUCCUCCACAGGAGGGUAUCCAGAUAAAUAUAACAGAACAACCAGAAAAUGAUACACUUGAUGGCACCUACGUUUCGUCUAGUUCUGGGAAUCUUUUGAUCCUCAUCUCCAAGGAUGUUAAAACUCUUCCACAUGGAUUCUUUAGGGUUACUCAUCAGACGACUGCAGUAGCAUCUUUUAAGCUAAGUAAGACACUCAGUAACAAUGGAGACCAGAUAGGAAAAGGAGGAGGACCAUCCAUACCUAAUGUGCAGUAUGUAUCUGUUUACUUUUGGGAUGGAGAACCUAGUAAACCAAUCCUACUUGGAAUUAAGCAGGGUGGAAAUCUUAAGUACUAUAGCAGAAGUAGUGGAACAACUUCUUGGAUACAAGGUAAUAAUGACAAGUUUAAAAAACUUGUGCACAUGCUGGAUGAUAAAAACUGUCAAAGGAAUAAUGCUAUCCCCUUUGACAUAAAAGAACCUACAAAAGAUCAUGCUGAUGGAAAUUCUAAUUGUCUAAAGAUUAGAAAGAUCACAGGUCCUACAUCUUCACAACUUCCAGGAGGUGACUACGCUGUUAGGGAAUACGCAAUCAGUGGAGAUGCAAGAAUGUCGAGAGUUACAUUUGAUGGUAUAUAUACCAAUAUAGGUGCCACUAAAGAUACCGUAAAUAAGGCUGUAGUAUAUUACUGGAAGAAUGAUCCAAAUAUAUCCAGUAGAGCUAUACCUCUUCUUGUAGGAUUUGUCAAAAAUGGUCUAAUAGACUGGUACGAAAAUGAUGGAAUAGGAUCACAAAAUCUAUAUUGGAAGCCUAUUGAUGGAAAUGAAGCAAAAAAGUUUUAUGAAGCAGAUAUUCCACAACCAUCUCUUACGGAAAAGCUUGAUGAAGUAAGUUGCAGGAUCCACCGGACAGUUAAGAUUGAUAUAUCUAAGAAUAGUGGAAGAUCAUAUUGUCACAGCAGGUGUAUACCCACCAGAAUAAAGGUAGUCUCUACUGGGAAAACUAUUUCAGGAUACAUAGGUUAUGAUCAUAUUGCAAUCAAAGGUCAGACCUUUACGGUAACCUCUAUAAUAAAAAAUGAUCGAAAAGAAAAUAUCAACCUACCGUACCCUCUAAAAAAUGUCAAGAAAGUCGCUGUCUACUCUCCAGUAUGUAGCGAAGGCGUUCCAGUUAUACACAUUGGAUAUAAACAGAGUACGUAUGAUACAUGGCUUAAAAAUGAAAAGGGGCAAUGGACGCAGUUUAACCUAAGUAAUCACCAAAACUAUCUGCUUACAUGUCAAGAAGCUCGGGGGUCAUUUAUCACUAAAAGUAAUCCAUCAAUACCCUCUGGAGAUGAUUUUAGUGCUAGUGAAGCUGAAGAAGGCCUUGGUGGAGAAACUGACUCUUAUCUAGAACCUACUCCUACUCCUCAAACUGAAGCUAAUGAAGGUGAAGCUCAAUAUCUACUAGCCUCAGCCCCUUCUGCUCCUGAAACUUCUCAAAAUGAUUCUCCUCCAAACUCUAAUCAAGAUAUUAUUAAGACUACCAUCUCUGUAGCUACGGGCAUUCUUACAACUUCUGCCUUGGCUUGUUUUGCUGGAUGGAAACUUUAUAAUCGCUUUAAAGGAGAUCCAUGGGUACGACAAAUUUGA